CAAGAGAGCAAGAACACCCCGACUCAAGAGGAAGCUGAGCGGCAAGGGCAGAGACAGAGAGAGUAAGGCGUAGAGCGGGAGAGAAAAGACAACAAAGCAGAGAUAGCGCGGGCGAGCAAGGACCCAAACAUGCAGCGAUACCUGUCUGUUGUGGCCCUCCUGCUUUGUUUGCUAACGACCUCGGGUACGAGAGGCAGCAGCAGCGCUAGGAAGAUUUCUCGGACGCCCAUGGCCGUCGGUGCUCUUUCUGGCUUGCGCAUCGGCCUCGAACCCCAUUUGUUGGAGUUUCACGGAGAGCAAUGCGACCAUUGCGAGGCGAUGAAGCCGCUAUUCCGCAGGCUCUUCUUGGAGACGAGGCUGGUGGUUAAAAGGCAUAUGGUGUGGGAGGACACCGCGAACUUUCGCCUCAUGUCUAUUUACGACUUGAAAUCUCGUUGCAGGGGGUUGCCUUUCUUCUACAACAGAAGGACGGGCCAAACUAUUUGCGGUGCGACGACGUGGUCAAACUUCAAAAACUGGGCACUCGACCGGAAUUGCAAGUCAUCCUCACCUCCACGCAUGACUGGAGAACAGCAAGAAGACGCCAGGGAAAAAAAGCUGGAGCAGGACCCGUUGUUCAGCAGACUCAAGAAAGGUUUGGGUGGAGACAAGGAAGCGACGCCGACGACGAUGGACGAAUACAAAUAGUACGCUUGAAGUACCGUGUCACUUGGUAAAAUUCUGUCUUCGCGUUUGUAAUUGCGUGGCGGGCGGGCCUCCGUGAUCUGUCUUUGUUUCCUUCGAUAGUUUUCGCCAUCCCGUUUGCAACAAGUAAACGUGCGCCAUACCUUGCAAUCGCACGCUACUGAUGUUGUUGCCGUAGGCAUCAUUUGCUGCAUCCGUUUUUCUGCAGGUCGUUUGCUGCUGCUGCUGCUGCUGCUGCUGCAGCCACACGUUUCCGGUGUGUAGUUCAAAGUAUGUCAUGGCCACACGAACGAUGUGUAUUUUUUAACAGAGGGUGAAACAAUCGUGAUCGAAGCGUCAUAGCCAUCACAAAUAAACAAAGCACUU